AUGACCACCCAAACCACCACACAGAUCUUUGAGACCAUGUCUGUGCCGGCAGACAUGCUGGCCCUCCGCACGGUUGAACAGCCAUUCUCCCUUGCUGUUCCCGGGGACGCGCAAAUCACAGUGACCUGCCACACCAAUGCGAGAUACUACCAGAAAGUCACUGUCGAAGACGUCGCUAACAAGAAAUCCUGGGUAUUUUUCGGAUCGGGUGAAGACGAGACGCCAAUGGAGAUUCAAGGCUCGAAAGAAAAGGGGGUGGUGCUGCUGCACGCCCUGGAGACCGAGGCAUCCUUUCGCACCUUGAGGAUACUCUGCGAGUACUCCUCCCAAGGGCCCAGCGGCCGCCUUGAAAAAUCAGACGUCUUGGUGCCCCAAAUGCGUUGUGAAUACAACGGACCCCAGCAUCUGAAGCGAAUUUCAUGGGAAAUAUUCACCGAAGAUGGCGUGGACAAGGACUACAACGACUCGGUGCUUCGGAUUAUGGCGGAGGUGGACAAGAAUCUUGGUUAA